UAGGAGUAGGAGCGAGUAGAAUAGGUUGAACAUUAAAUUGAAGUUAGUUUGCCAGACAAUAUAGUUUUUUCGGUCAUUUGGUUGCUUGCUUGCUUGUUUGCAUGAACGAAUAUAACAUAGUUUUCAAGAUGACACUUUAAUUAACUGAAGUAUUCAAUUAUUUCUUCUCUUUUCUAUUCUUUUGUUCUAUUUUCAGCAGUUAACCAAUUAAUAACACAUAGAAUGGUACCAUUAACAAAUCGAUAUUUAACUUCUGAGGAUAUAAAUACCACAUAAAAAAUUUAGUUUCGAUAGCAACAAGAACCAAAGAAAAUGUACCACAGAUUACUGUUUCAUUUGAAUUUGUUUAUAUUUUGGUUCAUUCAUUUAUCAAUUGAAGAUGACAACAGUUUGAUUAUGAAAAUAGAUAAUGCUGAGUUCGAAUUCAGUUAUUCACAAUGGAACAUAGAACAAGAAAUUGAACAUUUCAGAGAAAAUGAAGCAGAAUUCCUGAAAAUAAGAGAUCAAAUCAAUAUGCAAUUGUCAAGUGAAAAUCAAGCAAUUGAUGAAUAUCUGAUGUGUAGAAGUAAACUGUAUAGAUCUAUUGAACUAAAGAUUCUUAUGGGAGUGUUAUUCAAUGAAAUAGAAAAACUAGAAAAACUAUAUGAAACAAAUGUUACGAAUUCUCAUAUAAUGAAGAAAUGUUUCAGUGAAGAACAGUCGGUUUAUGCAAGUGGAAGUGAUGAUGAUGAUGAUGAUGAUGAUGAUGAUGAUGAUGAUGAUGAUGAUGAUGAUGAUGAUGAUGAUGAUGAUGAUGAUGAUGAUGAUGAUGAUGAUGAUGAUGAUGAUGAUGAUGAUGAUGAUGAUGAUGAUGAUGAUGAUGAUGAUGAUGAUGAUGAUGAUGAUGAUGAUGAUGAUGAUGAUGAUGAUGAUGAUGAUGAUGAUGAUGAUGAUGAUGAUGAUGAUGAUGAUGAUGAUGAUGAUGAUGAUGAUGAUGAUGAUGAUGAUGAUGAUGAUGAUGAUGAUGAUGAUGAUGAUGAUGAUGAUGAUGAUGAUGAUGAUGAUGAUGAUGAUGAUGAUGAUGAUGAUGAUGAUGAUGAUGAUUUAUAUAUUUAA